AUGAAUAGAAAUUUAAGAAGCAACCGCGCCAAAAAAGAAUAGAUUUUAAAAAGAGAAUAAGUUAUACUGUGUAAAGUUGAGACAGAAUACAAACUAUACAAAAUAAUUUAGGAUUGGAAUGAGAAUGAUGAAGAAAUUCAUGUAUCUGAGAUGAUACCUUUUGAAAAAAAAAAAAAAAAUAAGUAAUAGUAUAAAUGUAAUGGAUAAACAACUAUUUCUUCAUAAAUUAAAUGGUGAAUAUUAAUGUUUAUUUUAGGGUUGAUAUAUAAGGAAUAUCCAUCAUUGAUUCAGAUGAAACCAUUUAUGUAGUAGACAUGGAGAUAUAUAAGUAAAGUCAAAGAAGCUUAGUAAAGGAUAUAAAAUAGUAGGUCAAAUAAUCAUAAUUAAAAUUUGAUGAUGAAGAUGAGUCUAAUGAUAAGCCAAUUAAAAAAAAAGCAAGAAAAUCAACAUAAUAAAAGACAUAAGUAGAUACUCAGUUUAGUUAAUAUGAAGAAGAGUCAAGUGCAUAAAGUUCAUCUGCAGAAGCUGAAGCUGAACCUGUUCCAAAAAAAUAGAGAUAAUCUAGAAAAACAGAAGAAAAAGAUAAAAAGAAAGGGAAAAAAAGGAGAAGAAAAAUGAAUGAAAAUCUUAAAAAUCUGAAGAGUUUUAGUACUUAAUAUGAAGGAACUGAAGAUUAUUUUAUUGAAUAUGAUAGUACAAGAAUGAAUAAUAAAGAAAUAAUAAGAGCAGCAAUUACAGGUAAUUAAAUUCUGAUGGAAAAUAUCUUAUUAGGGUAAUAAAAAAUAUCUAAUUUUUUUGAUAAAUGGGGACCAGAAUAUGAUAUCUCAAUAUUUGAUAUCUUAUUUACAAGAUAAGAUAAAAAAUUAUUAACAUAUUUUCUUUAAAAUGAGAAUAAAAGAAUUAAAUUUUAUCAUGAUUUACCUUGUUAAUUAAAAGAAAUAGAUACAGGUUAUAAUAAUAAAUAAGCUUAUGGAGUAAAAUUAAGAAAAGUUGCUCUUGGCAGAGGAAAUAGAGAAGGAAAUAAUGCAUUUGUUUAUGAUCUAAAUUAUAAUUAUGAUAUUAAAUAAGAAUGUAGAAGAUUAUUAGAGAUAGAAACAAAUUGUGAAAUGUAUGAAUAAUUAUUUAUUUAUCGAAAAUCAUCAAAAUAUGAUCACCAUUUAAUUGAUAAUGUUGCUUUUGCAGUUAGAUGUGGUAAUAUUAAAUCUGCUAAAUUCUUGAUCAAAUAUUCUUUGACAAAUAAUCUGGACGGUUAUGGAUUUAAUUAUUUACAUCAUGAUGCCUUAGAUGAUAAUUUUAACACUUACAAAUUAGAUUAAAUAAAAAAGAUAUCAAUUACUAAGAAAACUUAAAAUGACUAUCUCAUCACUCCAAUUCAUUGUGCAUGUAUUAAUCCUUCUGAAUAAUUCCUUAAGUAUUUUAUGGAAUAGACUAUGGAAUACAAUAUCUAAGAUGAAAUUGGUAGUAAACCUAUACAUUAUGCUGCUGUCUCUUAAACCUCUAAUUGUUUAGAAUAUUUAUUAGCUAAUGGUGUUGAUGCAAGAGAAGGUGAUAAAUUUCUGACUACUCCAUUAAUGCUUGCAUCAUAAUAUGGUCGUUCCCAUAAUGUUAGAUUAUUAAUUAAUACUAAUUUGAAAGCAAAAAAUAAGGAAGGGAAUUCUGCAAUUCAUUUAGCUAGUUAAAAUGGUCAUGUUGAAUGUGUAAAAUUAUUAAUUGAAAAUGGAUUGUUAAUUAAUUUUGCAGGAAGAAACAGAAUGACUGCUUUGCAUUUUGCUGCUGCCUAUAAUCAUUUAGAAUUAGUUGAAUAUUUAUUAGAUGAAGGAGCAAGAAUAAAUGCUAAGGAUAAAUUUGGAAGAACACCAUUAAUUAUGGCUGCUAGAAAUGGUAAUUUAGCUAUUUUAUCAAAAUUACUUUAUUAUGGGGCAGACUUUAAAAUUAGUGAUUCAUCAAAAAAUACUGCAAUUCAUCAUGCUGCUGCUUAUGGAUUUUUAGAUUGUGUUUAAACUUUGAUUGAAGCAGGUGCUGAUUAGAAUGAAUUCAACUCUUGGAAAUUAAAACCUUUGAAUGUUGCUUAAGCUAAAAAUCAUUUUGGUAUUGUUAAAGCAUUAUUGAAAUAUGAAAGUACAGAUGUAAAUUGUAUUGAUGAUGAUGGCUUAACAUUAGUUGCAGGUUUAAUUAAAUAGUUUGAUUAAUCUAUUGAAUAAUUUGAAUUCAUUAAAUAUAUAAUCACAGAAAAAAAGGCUGAUAUCAAUAUACAAGAUAAAUUUGGUAAAACAUGUCUUUAACAUGCUUUAUCCUGCACAUUCUCUGAAUUAUUAAUAGAUCUCAUUUAAUUAUUAAUAGAUCAUGGAGCAGAUUUAAAUAAUUAAGAUAAAGAUGGUAGAUCUAGUUUGUUGCAUGCUAUUAACGGUUAAUAAUCAGAAAUCUAAAAUAAAUUGAUCAAAUUAUUGAUUAAAAAUGGUGCUAAUAUUAAUUCAUAAGAAAAAGAAAAUGGAUUAACUCCAUUUUCAUUAUUGUUAUAAAAGAAGAAUUACAAAUUAUGUCUUGAACUUCUAUAAGAAAAUUAGAUUGAGGUGAAUAUUAUAAAUAGAGAAGAUAAAACUUUGUUACAUAUUUUAAUAGAAAAUCAAUUCUUUUAUGAAGAACAAGGAAUUUAACUAUUUUAAAUCAUUUUAGAUAAGAUAAAUGCACCAUUAAUAAAUGAACCUGAUAAUAAUGGAUUUGUACCUCAUUUAAAACUCAUUUAAAUAUUUAUGAGUUCUAUUUCAUAAAAAAUUUAAACAGAAUUUUAAUCGAAUAUUUAGAUAUCAAUAGAAGAAAUAUGGUAGGAUAUUGUAAAUGAGUACAAAUAAAAGUUUUAAAAAGAAUAAUAAUAAGAAGGAACCCAAAAUCUUAAAAAAUUCGAACAACGAUUAUCUGAAUCAAUUUCUUAAGAGUCUUUUAUUAUGAUUAAUAAUUAAAAUAUAGUUAAUCAAGAGUAAUAAUUAACAAACUUAUUUAAUGAUCAAAUUGGAUUAAAUUAAUCAUCAAAUUUAUUUCAAAAUUAAAAUUCUAAUAUAUAAAUUCCAUAAUUUUAAUAAUAGAGUUAAUAAUAAUAACAAUAAAAUGUUUUUUCGAAUAAUAUACCUUAAUAAAAUAAUUUAUUUGGUCCACAACCUUCAAAUAAAUCGAAUUAUAUGAAUACUUAAACUUAUGGAUUUGGUUAAGCAUAAACUUUAUAAUCAGGAUUAAAUUUAUUUGGAUAACCUUCAUAAAUUUAACCUUAAACUAAUGUUUUUUCAUUUGGAAAUAACAAUAGUCUAUUUGGAUAAUUUUCAUAAAAUAAACCUUCUUUAUAUGGAAAUAUCAAUAAUAUAUAGCCUUCUAUUUAGAGAAAUACACCUUUUUAAAAUUAAAAUAAUAAUUAUGGAUUUUCAAAUUCUUAUAAAUCACCUGAAGAAUAAUUUUAGAUUGAAAUUUAAUAGAGGUUAUAAAAGGCUGAUUGUCAUUUAUAUGCAAAAUAUUUUUAUUAUGAUAAAUUAUAAGUUUAAGUAGGUAUAUCAUCUUAAAAAUAAACUUAAUUAUAAAUGAAAAGGAUUGAAGAUGGAUAUUUCUACUAAAAUUAGAUAUUGAAAUUAUUAAAGAUUUUAAUUUAAAAAGGAUCAAAUAUAAAUUUGAAUGUUAUGAAAGCAAAAUAAUUAAGAAUUUAAAAUUAAAAUUAAACUUCAAAUUAAACUAAUAUAUUCCAUUUAGUUUUCUAAUCAUUUCCUAGUAUCUCUUUUGUAAAGGAAUUAUUAUAAAUAUUCCCAAAUGAGAUGCUUACUAAAAUGGAUUCAUUUGGUACUCCUUUACAUUAUUUUUUUAAAAACUUUAACAAUGGUUAAGUCAUAUUAUAUAGAGAUAAUGAAACAUCAAAUACAUUUUUAGAUUAUAUGAUAACUUUAGGCUUAGAUUUUAAAGAAAAAAAUAGUAAUGGAGAUACUCCAACAUUGAUGAUAGCUUUAAAAUACAGUUCUUAAUGGAAUUCUCUUUUAAAAAAAUUAUUAAGUUUAGGAGGUUAAUUAAAUGAUGUAAAUAAUUAGAAUUAAGUGCCUUUAAAUUCAUUUGUAGAGAAAACAGAAUUAUCAACAGUAAAGAUUUUUUUAUCAGAAUUUAAAGUGGAUCCAAACUUUUAAGAUUAAAAAGGAAGAACAUCACUUCAUUAUGCUAUAAAUUUUAGUAAUCCAAAUGCAAAUGCAAGUUUUUAAAUGGAAUAAUAAUUAAUAAAAUUUGGAGCUAAAUGUGAUAUAAAAGAUAUAUAUGGCAGAACUCCAUUAUUUUAUUCAUUUACUAAAUUUAAUGAUCCCCUUUCAACAAAAGAGAUUGAUCCAUUUGAAUCAGUUUCUUCUUUAUUAGCAUAUAAAGAAUGCGAUGUUAAUGUUUUGGAUAGAUAUUAAAGAUCUCCAUUACAUUAUGCAGCUUUAAGAGGAAGUGCUAUUUCAGGUAGAUAUAUGAUAAAGAUGGGAGCAGCAGUUGAUAAUCCAGAUAUAUUUAAGAAUUCUCCAAUUGCAUAUUCUUUCUUUUAACAUGCUAAUUUUAGUACAAUGUUGAUUGAUAAUAAGGUAGAUGUUAAUAAAGUUAUCAAUAUUAUUAGUUUAUAGGAUUUGAUAUAAGAGAAAGAGAAGAUUUAUAGAGAAGAAAUAAAGAAUGAUCCAGAAAUUGAUAAAUUAAUGAUUAUUGAAGAUGAAAAUGAAAGAGCAUUAAUAGCUGCAACAUAAAAUUAAUGUCAACAAUUAUAUAUAGAUGAUGUAUCCGACGAUGAUGAUGAUGAUGAUUAAGAAGAUGAGGAUCUUUCAAUAGAGGAAUCUUACUAAGAUGAUUCAGAGAAGAAUGUGUUUUAUUCUCGUAAAAGAGAAAAAUAGAAAUUAACAUAAAAAACACCUAUUGAAUUUGUGAGAAGUUAAGCAGAUAAAAUAACUUAAAGAGAAAGAUUGAUAUAAUAAAAAUUAAAACAAAAGAUUAAUUAGGAUUUAGAUAUACCAUAACAUUUACAUAAUAAUUUAUAAACUGGAGAAUAUAGUUAUUUUUCUUAAGCAAUAAAAUUUGGAUGGUAAGGUGUUGCUUAUUUAUUAAUUAGUGAUGGAUAUGAAUUUGUAAAAGCAAUUCAAGAUGCUAUAAAUGCAAAUUAAUUUUAAUUAGUUUUAACUCUUUUAAUGAAAGUAAAAAAUGAAAAAGACUUAUCAAAAUUAAAUUCAAAUGGAUAAAAUUUAUUUCACUUAUUUGCAUUAUAUUCAGCUUAAGUGGCUUCAGAUCUUAAAUUAGAAAUUAUAGAAUAAUUUGAAUAAAAAAAUAUAAGUCCUUAUGUUUAAGAUAUAUAUUAAAAAUUACCUUUACAUUAUGCAAUAUCAAAAAAUAAUGAUUCAUUAGUUGAAUAUUUUCUAUAUAAUAGGAAAUGUGAUCCUAAUUUGAUGGAUAAUACAGAAAAUAAUGCAUUCACUUUACUUUUCUAAAGAAAUUAGAAUUAUAAUUUUGAUAGAAUGAUUUAAUUAGGUUUAGUUGCUGAUGUUAAAUUCAAAAUUUUGAAUACUAAUAAAUAUAUUAAACCAUUCAUGUAUUUAGUUGAUCACUUAAAAAUAUAUGAUUGUUGGACUCUUUAAAAAUAUGUGAAUUAUGGAAUUGAUAUUAAUGAAUAAAAUGAAUAAGGUUUAACAGCAUUAAAUAUUGCUAUUAAAAAUAAUAAUUUAGAAUUUGUCAAAUUUUUAAUAAAUUAGCCUACAUUUAAUAUUUCACUUUCAUUACGUGAUUAAGAUGGAAAAACUCCUAUUCAUCAUGUUGUUUUACCUUUAGAUUUUGGUUCUUAUGAAAAUUUAGAAAUGUUGAAAAUUUUAAUGAAAAUAUUUGAUUAUAACUUAACAGAUAAUAAUGGAUUGACUCCAUUAGAUUAUGCAUUAAUAUUUGAUGCUUAAGUUAUGAAGGAAGAACUUUUAGCUAAUAAUGCUCAUCAUACUAGAAGCUUGAGAUAAUAAAGAAUGGCUACUUCUGUAAUUGCUACUGCAUUAUGGCCAGAUCAUGAAGUUGAUUUUGAAGAGGAUGCAUUAAAAUUCUUAGAUAAAAAAAGUAUUCAAAUCGAAGCUGAAAUUGAUAAUAAGUAAAUUGUUGAUAAAUAAGCUAAAAUUGCAAAAGGAGAUUUAAGAGUUUAUGAUGAUCCAGAUUAUGGUCUAUGGUAAUGUUUACUCUCUAAAGUUGAUAUUGUUAAUAGGAAUUUUCAUAAAAAUGUAUUUUAUAAGAUGCAAAUAUUAUUUGAUAAAAAUAGAAAUAAUUAUAUUUUAUUUACAAAAUGGGGUUAAAUAGGUGAAGAUGGAUAAUUCUAAAUGACUCCAUUUGAAGAUUUAGAAAGUACAAUUAAAGAAUACUGUAAAAUAUUUGCUGCAAAAACAGGUGGCAAUAAUUGGAAAUUAAUAAAGUCUGGAGAAGAAGAAUUUGAUAAAAAACCAGAUAAAUAUUAACUUAUUAAAUGUUAAAAUAAUAAAAACUAUAAAUCUCUUUUAGAACCUUUUGAUUUAAGUGAGUCUUCAUUAUAUCCUAAAUGUAAAUUAGAUCCUAGUAUUUUUUAAGUUAUUGAAUAAUUCUCUUAAGUUAAAUUAUAUUAAUAAGAAUUAUAAAAUCAUUCAUUUGAUACAGGAUUUGUGCCAAUUGAAAAAUUAGACAAAAAUACAAUUCUAAAAGCAAAAGAAAUAUUAUUAGAACUGAAAGAAAUUGUUUUAGAACUUAAUCUAUAUAAGAAUUAGUUAGAUGUUGAUUUAAAGAGAUUAUAAUAAUUUUAUUCAGAAAUUAAUGAUAAAUCUGCAAGAUAUUAUGAAAUAAUACCAUAAACUUAAAUGAGAUAAAAUUUAUUACCAUUAUUAGAGACAUAAGAAAUAAUCAAUACAUAAUUACAACUAUUAGAAUUAUUAUUAAAUGUUGAAUAAUCUAUUAAAAUAUUACUUGGAGCAAAUUUCAAUUUAAAUACUAUUCAUCCAAUAACUUAUUGUUUUAAUGCAUUAAAUAUUAAAAUGCUUACAUUAAAUUAAUAGGAUUUAGAAUUUAAAAUGAUAUAAACUUAUAUUUAUAGAACUUAAUGUGUUAGAAUUGCAAAUAUCUUUGCUAUUGAAAGAAAAGGAGAAGCAUAGAAAUUUGAAAAAUUUAAUCAAGGACCUAGAAUUCUUUUAUGGCAUGGAUCUAAAAUUUCAAAUUUUAUGAGUUUACUUGCUUUAGGAUUAAAAAGUAAUUGAUAUUUAUAAAAUUAUAGUUGCACCAUCAUGGGCAGUAAAUACAGGAGCAAUGUUUGGUAAAGGGAUUUAUUUUGCAGAUCAAUUUUCAAAGAGUUAUAAUUAUACUUAAGAUUAUACAAUCAAUAAUAGAUUUGGAUAUAAUUCUUAUUAUGGAAAUUAAUGUAAUACUAAUUAGUAUUAACGAUAUCGAUAUUUAUUAUUAUGUGAAGUAAGUUGUAUGAAUUAAAUUGACUCAUAUAAUGAUCCACAUUCUAAUUGUCUUCAAUAUUAAAGUACAAAAUUAAUUAAAUUUAUUAGAGCCUGAAUAUACUCUUAAAGCUGUUGGUUCAAAAGGUCCUGAUCCAAUGUCAUAAAUAAAAAUGCCUAAUGGAUGCGUCGUUCCAAUAGGAUAAAUUAUUUCUAAUACAAUCCCACUUCAAUUAUAAUAAAUGAAUAAAAAUUUAAGUUUCUACACCCAAAAUACUGAAUAUAUAGUCUACGAUGAAAGUAGAGUAAAAAUGAGAUAUUUAGUGCAAAUUGAUUAAUGA